CGUGCUCGUGCCACUCUGUGGCGGGCAGCACCAGGCUGGGAAAUCCACCUGAGGCCGAGUCCCUGUGUGCCAGGGCAGUGCAGACCCCAGGCUUGGCAUCCCCGACCGUGUCCCUCUCUCUGUGCCCAGGUGGCCCUGGUCGGAGAGCCCGGAUAGCAGUGGAUGAGCGCUGGGCACUGGCAUAGCCACACGCACACACCGGCACCAUGGACUUUGUUAUGAAGCAAGCACUGGGCGGGGCCACCAAGGACAUGGGCAAGAUGCUGGGGGGCGAGGAGGAGAAGGACCCUGAUGCGCAGAAGAAGGAAGAGGAGAGGCAGGAAGCACUGCGCCAGCAGGAGGAGGAGCGGAAAGCCAAGCACGCCCGCAUGGAGGCUGAGCGGGAGAAAGUCCGGCAGCAGAUCCGUGACAAGUAUGGGCUGAAGAAAAAGGAGGAGAAGGAGGCAGAGGAGAAGGCAGCGCUGGAGCAGCCAUGUGAGGGCAGCCUGACGCGCCCCAAGAAAGCGAUCCCUGCAGGCUGCGGGGACGAGGAGGAAGAGGAAGAGGAGAGCAUCCUGGACACCGUGCUCAAGUACCUGCCCGGCCCCCUGCAGGAUAUGUUCAAGAAGUAACACCACCACCGACCCUGCCAUGGGGUUCUGGGGCACGGGCGCCCUCCUCCCUCCCUCCCCUCCAUCAGUUCCCUUGGCCCCAGGGGGGUCUCUGCAUCCCCUCUCCAUCUCCUGCCCCUCCCUUGUCCCCUAACCAGACCAAACCAUCCCAUCCUGUCCAGGCAGGGCCCCCUGACCACGCCGUGCCAAAGGGGAGCGUCCCUGGCCGGACAGGGCGAACCGGGACCAAAUGCACUGAUGUAACCUGGCAGUGGGCUGGGGGCACCCCACGCCCCACCGGACCCUGGGGCAGCUCCCCGUGCCCUCAGCCCUGCCCUUCUGCCCACACCCGCCCCUCACCCA